ACUUGUCCCUUGAACACGUGAGGAUGCUCGUACAGAAGCUGAUGGGUGAUACUUUUGAAAUCAACUUGAAGACAUAUGACCAAAAUGACGGAAAAAUGAAGAUGAAAAAUCCAUCUCAGGAUUUGUUUAUCUGGUCAAUACUCAUGGUCCACCAAGACAUGGCAAAGACAUUUUGGAUCAAGGGCAAGGAUGCCCUAUCAAGCGCUCUGGUUGCGUACAAAUUGCUGAAAAGUUUGAAAAGCAAAACAGAAAACACAAACACAAAGUUGGCCAACACAAUAGAUGAAUGUCUCAAUGAAUGGUCUGAAUUAUCCGUGGGAGUGCUCAGCGAUUGUAACGCCAACGACGAGCAGAAGACUCGAGAGCUGCUAGUACGUAAGGUGUCUAUCUGGGGUGAAACAUCGUGCUUUUUAAUUGCUGUGAAUUCGGUUAACAAAGAAUUUAUAGCGGAAAAAGCGUGCCAGACAUUUCUCAACAAUAUCUGGAAUGGAGGAUUGGCCAAUGAAAAUAGUUUUUUGAGGCUUCUGAGUUGCAUGUUUUGUCCUUUUCUGGUGAUCACUGUCUUGAAAUACAACAUUGAUAACAAAAAAUAUUCCAAAAACGGUAAAGGAAAAAUUCAUGCAAAGACAGGCGUUGGAAAGGCAAAUUCAGUGGAGUCGAAUAGACAGAACUUAAAGAAGAGCACGGAUGAAAAAAGGUCGUUCAUAGGGCGGAAACCGUCUGUGGAAAUGACAACAGGCAAACAUCAGAUCACCCCAAGAGAGAAGCUGUAUCAUUUCUUCAAAGCACCAGUGAUCAUCUGCAUGUACAAUGUGCUGUCCUACAUCGUCUUCCUAAGCAUGUUUGCUUUCCUACUAAUAUUCAACUUCGGAUCGAGUUUAUCUUCACUGGAUAUUGCUCUUAUGGUGUGGGUGUUUACCAUUUUCACAGAGGAAGUGCGACAGAUGGGAACACCCAUCCCCUCAAAAAUGUGCUCCAAACUGCAUGUUUACAUCUCUGAUGUUUGGAACAAGCUCGAUAUCUUUACCAUAGUGCUCUUCAUAACUGGAAUGACAGUUCGUUUCUUGCCGUAUAAUGGUGCACUUGAGGCUGCUCGCGUGAUGCUUGCGUUAAACUUCAUAUCAUUUUGCUUGCGUCUGCUGCACAUUUUCUCUGUGCACAAACACCUUGGACCCAAGCUUGUAAUGAUGCCCAAAAUGUUGGAAGACUUGAUGUACUUCAUCGUGAUCCUGUUGGUCUUCGUUGUGUCUUACGCCAUUGCCUCGCACUCCAUACUGUAUCAUAACUCCCUUCCGACCUGGAAGACGGUAGUGCAAGUCUUCCGAAAGUCCUACUUGAACAUUCAUGGAGAGUUAUUCAUCGACGAAAUUGAAGUUGCAUCGGAAAAGUGUUACAUAUUAUAUAACCAUUAAUACACAAUUGUAAUAUCAAACAUUUAUUUAAGUUGUUCAAGUUGUUUAAGGCAAUAAAACAUUUAAUUAACUCUUACUUUUCCUAACAACAAAUGCGCUUAUGGACGUAAUAUAUCAAUGGUCUUCGAAA